GCAGGUAGAGCGUGAUUAUUCCGGGCUCGUGCGAGUUAUGCGCGGUCGAUCGCGCUAGAGGAGACGCCGACGUGCCACGGCUGACGGAUCGCGUUGCUCUCGCGGCGCGCGACACCUCGCAAAUCAGCCUCGCGAGUGCUUUUAUAUGCGAGGUCGCCAUUUUGGUGCGAUACGCCGAGCCGACGAUUCGAGCGGAGUGUAGCCCUUAUGAUCUUUUUAUCUCCCUUUUUCGCACAGCCCAUCCGCGCUAUCGCCCUCAGCCGACCGACGGCCCAAUAACCAACGGUCAGAGAUGACGCAGCAAAACAAAACGAUGAAUUUCCUAAUACACGACGCUAAUGGACAUCCACAAGUGAUAAAAGUGGUGCAGAGUACACCUAAUAAAGCAUUAGGUGGUAUUGUCGGCACAACAAAUGCAGGUGGCCUUAAAGUGUUUAAAGCUCCUAAUCAAGAAACGCAGGUUUUAUCAUCGAAUACACAAGUUCUUAGGACUAUUAGCUUGCAGAAUCCAUCUACACCUGGCCAGAGACUUGUAACAAUACCUUUGCAAAAUACUAAAGUGGCAACAUCAAAAGGAGGGGAAUCUAUGAUGACCAAAACCAUACAGUUGACCUCUGCACAAAUGAGCGACAUAAAACAGGCUAUCGCAUCCCAACAGCAACAGCAGCAGCAGCAGCAACAGCAGCAGCAGCAGCAGCAACAACAGCAGCAGCAGCAGCAACAGUCUAAUACUUCGCAACUUGUUAAGGAUGCCACUGGGAAAACUUUUAUCAGUCCAAUAUUAGAUCACAGUGGAUCUAGAAAAAGUAAACGGAGAAAAGUAGAAAAGGUCGGAAAAGGAUUGAGACAUUUCUCGAUGAAAGUUUGCGAGAAAGUGAAAAAGAAAGGCACUACUUCCUAUAAUGAAGUUGCGGACGAAUUGGUCGGUGAAUUUACUAAUCCCGCUCACAUAAAUUCUCUGACAGAUCAGCAAUAUGAUCAGAAAAAUAUCAGAAGACGCGUGUACGACGCUCUAAACGUGUUAAUGGCAAUGAAUAUAAUUUCAAAAGAGAAGAAAGAAAUCAGGUGGCUCGGUUUGCCUACAAACUCAUUACAGGAAUGCGUAGCAUUAGAAAAGGAUAAGAAGAAGAAGAUUGAAAGAAUCAAAGCUAAGACGCAGCAGUUGCAUCAGCUAAUCCUGUCUCACAUUUCUUUCAAGAACUUGGUUGAACGUAAUCGUUUAAACGAGAGUCUCCGCGGGCCACCGAAACCCAAUUCUGCCAUACAGCUGCCAUUCCUCAUUGUGAAUACCAGUAAAAAGACUGUCAUAGAUUGCAGCAUCUCAAAUGACAAAACCGAGUACCUGUUUAAUUUUAAUGAUAAGUUUGAAAUUCAUGACGAUAUCGAAGUGCUAAAGCAGAUGGGUCUAGCUUUCGGACUAGAAAAGGGGGAAUGCACCGAGGCAAAUUUAAAAAAGGCAAAAUCAAUGGUCCCAAAAUCACUGGAGAAAUAUGUAGAACAGUUAGCAUCAGGGGAUUUAGAGAAGUUUAUUCCAGUAACUAUUCCUGGGCCAAGUACAUCGAUGGAGGAUUUAGAUAUGAAAUUGGAAGGUUCUCGGCCACCGUCAUCGUCGCAUACUUCAUUGUCGGAAGAUCCUUUAUCGCCACCGUCUCAGUACUAUUCAGAGGAAGAGGACGACGAGGAAGAGACCGACCAAGAUGAACAGGCUGACAGUGAUCUUGAAGUUAACUAGCAUCCCGAAUAAUUCUUCAAAGGCUAGACUCAGGGAUACUCGCCACUAUCAUCAGCGAUAUGCCAACAUAAAUAAUAUCGUCUUCACCCCGGUCGCCAGUUUUUAACAUAUAUCGAACAAGGAUAGGAAGGCAAAUCUGUGAAAAGUUAAUGAGAGAAUGGUCAAAGAGGAAAUAUGUUGAUUGGGGCCAAGGAGAAAACGUAGCAAUUAAUUGGGCUGAUUGAAUUGGCGGCAAUCUAGGUGGCACGCUUUUCUUUUCGCGUAAACUAACAAAAUGGCAAUUCGAUGCACACGCGCGAAACGCGAUCGAAACGGUAUAAAGAAAUGAAUGACUGAAUGGGGUGCUAUAUUUUAGUUGUGCAUCGACCUACACAAGUUUAUAUGGCUAGCGUCUAUGUACUAUAAAUUAUAAUCUUACAGUAUCAUAAUAUUAUUAUAUGUACGAGAUAUAUUGACCAGUACUCAUUUUCUUAUGGCACGUUUAUAAUAACAAUUGUCUGUGGUAAGCAGUAAAGUGACGUACGAUAGAUGCAGGCGCACAUUUGACUCGAAUUAAAAAUACAAAUAAAUUGUAAUAAUGUUAUAAUAUGAAGUUUGUAGUUUGUGGUUAGUCUUUUGAGCGGAGAGGAUGUGCAUUGAAUAACGAUACUAUGUAAGGGUUUGCGGUAAGUUUUUACAGCAAACUCGAGAAACGAAAAACAUUUUUCAUAUCUAUUAUAUGUAUAAACAUGCUAUAUUUAAUAGAUGCGUUCAACAGAAGGAAAUCAUUUUUUCGUCAUUAACGCUCCACCUUUUUCAGCUCAUUCCUUCUCUUUGGUAUUUGUAAAGAAUCAAAAGUAAUAAUUAUUUUGUCAGCACAGAGUUUAUUAAUACAGUUUUCUGCUGAACGCACCUCACGACAUACAAUGUUUGUUGGUUUUUACAUGGAUUUGCAAGAAUAAGAAAUUGUCUGCUUUGAUGCCAAGUUAACCUGUGCAAGUGUUUAGGAAUGCUGCUCUAUUCCAAAUCAUCGUCGUCGUAAAGAUCAUGAAACUCUGAAAAGAAGCGAAUAAACUAACCGUAUAUUCUGUUAACUUGAAUUAUUGUUUAUGCAAGAGAGAGAAAAGAGUGUGUUCUUCAUCUUCUAUGGAAUAUGUAGAGAAAUACUUGAAGAAUUAAAUCAUAUUUAAUAUAUCAU